AAAGGGUGGCGCACCCUUCCUCCACCGCAGACGGGACUGGCAUCACCGUCGCGCCUUCGCGUUUCUAUUUAUUUAUUGCUUUGCUCCUCCUUUCUCAUUAUAUUCGACCGAGUGCCGCGCAUUUGUCGCUGGAUGUGGUUGAUGUGGUCGUCCGUGUGUUUUCCGCCGCAAAGAGCAGCGAAAAAUAAUCUUACGCUGUUCGUGUCCGACACCGAGCUUGGAGUAGGAGAGAAUCAUGGCGUACCCCACGCACUGCUGCUGCAUGACGGUCCGCACAGGCACCAAAGUGUUGGCCAUCCUCAAUGUUAUCGGCUCCCUGAGUGGCCUCAUAGGCUAUGCCGUGGUGGCGGUCAACUACAAGGAUGAUAUGGCGGCCUAUGACAAGUUUCCCGAGGUCAAGAACUUGGAAUCCGCUUUUGGCAGGGUCCUCGCUUACACCGUCAUCUGUGCCAUCGGGCUCAUCGUGGCCAUCCUCUGUGUCAGGGGUGCUUUCACGGAUGAGCGGCUCUACAUCCUGCCUUACCUGGUGUUUCAUGCUAUGGUCCUCGUGGUCCUGGCGAUCCUUUUUUUCAUCAUGAUCAGCACCGUCCCGAGCAGCACCCAAAGGUCACCUUCAAUCGUCGAACGGUUGGCCAGUAUCCGGACAGCUUCGCCACUGGAUGGGAGCCAGGUCCUUGGAAUCAUCUGCUCUCUCUUUGUCUCGUUGUGCAUUGGGUGCUACUUCUUCGUGGUGGUGCUGUCCUUCUACAAGCAUCUGACAAAUGCUGCAAACAAGUCGGCCAUUGGUAUGGUGCCUGCGGCUCAGUCUCUCUACCCUGGCACCUAUGUGCCACCUCGGAGCUACAGUCCCGUUCUCCCGGCACCCCAGCGCUUCUCGGAUUCCAAGACGAGCCUUGUGUGAAAAGCCCAGACCCGUCUGCUUACUUUUUUGUUGUUGUUGUUCUACUGCUUAGUUAUUUUAGCUGCCCCCCCAUUAUGUCUCCUGGUGCUCUUAUUUUCUCACCUGUUUUCUAGGAUGAGGGAUAGUUUGGGGUUCUGGUCAUUACUACAUUGGUCUGAGACUGGCUUGACUUUGGGAUUGGUCCUUUGCACCAGUGUGUAAAGGCUAGGCAGUCACUCAAAAGCUGUUUCUUCUUGUCUGCUGUCUGGUCUGCUGCCUUGGGGUCCACUGCCAGGUGUUAUUAGGCUAGCAUCUGGCCAUAAAUGUUGCGUCGGAACAUAGGUCUGGCGUCAGGACUUAGGCAUGGCGUCGAGUCUUAGGCCUGGCGUUGGGUGUUAGACCUGGCGCCGGGUGUUGGGUCUUGCACCGGGAGAAUGAACAAACUGUAAUGUAUGUGAGAUGUUCAAUUGUUGGGCCUAGCUUGGUACUGGUGUUACUAGCCCGGUGGACUGUUCUGCUUCUCCAAGAUAGACUUGGUCAACAUUAUGUGCUAAAUCGGGACACAUCUGGCUCGUCAACUACACAUAUAAUGUAGAAUAUAACGUUACUGUUCUUAAUGUCUUAAUGAAGACUUAAAAAGUCCACACAAAGCUGAUUAUUCAAAAUUCAUUGAUUCCCAUAGAACUGUGAUUGAUGUAACUGCAUCAGUGUUAGUAUACUUAUUUAACUUUACCUUGUCAACUGGCAAGUUCCCAUAUACCAUUAAACUCGCAAACGUUUCUGCUUGCAUUAAUGAGAUGAUAAAACUGUAGUUACAAGCUAUAGGCCAAUAUAUGUACUAUCUAUAUUUUCUGAAGGGCUAGAAAAAUUAUUUUUGCGUCGAUACAACUUAUUUUUUAAACAUUCAGUGGUAACUGACUUUCAGUUCGGUCUCCGCAAGGAGAAGUCCAUAGGAUGCGCUUUCUUAUCUAAAAAAACUAAUAUCAAGAAUUAUAGCUCUGUAGACCAAUAUAGAGUGAUACUAAGAAAUAUAAAACAAAUAGAGUGGACACGGGGACAUUUUAUUGACUUUAGCAAAGCUUUCGAUUCUCUUAAGCAUACAACGCUCAUUAAUAAACUUUAAUAUUAGGGUGCAUGAGGAAAGUCUUUAGGACUUAUUCAUUUACACCUAAAACAUCGCAAGCAGUGACUUAGUAAAUGAUUAUAUUUCUUCAUUUCAAUUAUUGAAGUCUGGUGUUUCACAGGACAGUUAUGCUUGGCUCACUUCUGUUCAAUGUGUAUAUUAAUGACAUCGUCAACAUCCGUCAACAUUCACGUUUCAUAAUGUAUGCAGAUGAUUUAUUUUCAUUACUGCGACGAAUUUUGGUGAGCGGAAAAUUACAUUGAAUGCUGUCUUGAGAAGUUUUUUAUGGUCAGAAAAAAACGGCCUUGAAAUAAAUAUGGCAAAAACGAAAGCGAUUGUAUUUAAACCAGUAAAUAGAACAUAUUGAUACUAAUUAUGCACUUAAAAUUGGUAGCAGCCAGAUUGAAAUAUUAAGCCAUCAUAAAACGCUAGACGUCAUUUCUUUAUAGUAUAUGCAAUAAAAUCAUCAUAUAAAAUUCCCAACCUACAAACUGGCAAAGGUAGCUGACAUUAUCGGUCACUUUCGCUCUCCUCUGCCUACAAAGGUUAAGAUUCAAUUUUAUCAUGCUUUGUUUGGCUCGCAGAUUAACUACUCCAUUUAGUCUGGGGCACAACGGCAACAACUAAUAUCAACAAACUAAUCAUUCUUCAGAUAAAAUUGGUUUGUUUUAUUGCAAAUAUUUAAUACGACACACAUCCCGACCCACUCUUUUUGAGCUACAAUGUCAUGAAAAUGUCCAGUGUUUAUCACUAUCGUUUGUUAUUUGCUUACGCAUUUUCAACUUUGGAAUAUAUUACAUUUUUUUACGAAUAUAACAAACCUGACUAAACGUGAAUCAGUCAUCAAUGUUUGUCACAGAGAAUUCUAGAACGUUACUCAUUACCAUAAAAAUUAUGCACUGCAAUCUCUUGCUCAUAACCUACAUACACUGCUCAACAACCUUUGCAUGAACCGCAUUGACAUUCAUUGUAUAACUAAAAAAACGGUGCGCGCUUUUUGCCUUGUUUAAGUAAAUAUAUUUGUUUUGAAGGAAUUUUAUCGGAAUGUUUUUAAUUGUUUUGAUAGGCAUUUGUAUGAAAUGUGUUGAGUUGGUUUGUAUAUAUUUUAGGAAUGUUUAAAUGAGAUUGUUUUUAAAUCAUGCAUUUCCUCUACGUGCAGGGGCACUAGACCCAGUAAAGCUAGCUCUUGGUAGCUUUUUGUCCGGUAUCCACGGCAUAAUGUUGCUGAAAUUAAAGUUCAGUUCAGUUCGAAAUUCAGGAUAAUUAGCUUUAGAUUUAAUGUGAAAGUGAUACUAGCAAGCUGUAUUCCAAAUUGGCAGUGUACCUACAAACCUGGCUUGCUGUUUUCCUUUGUUUAACAAGGUGCUUGAAGUCGCUACAUGGACUGUCCCCUGAGAGCAAGGUUAAAAGGCCCUGAUACAUACGGCUAAACUUGCACACCCAAGCCCAGUUGAGGAUGAACGCUGUUUGAAGGUAGCUUUUGUGGAUGUGCUCAAAAUAAUAUAGGCUUCCGUAUUAUUAGCCGAAGCCUUGUCUGUUGUCCACUAUUAUUUCUUUUUUUCACCAGAGGUUUCUUUCAUUCCCAGCUGUCUUGUGAGCUAUAUUGUUAGCACCGUCGCCUUUAAAGCUGCUGUGUACAAGGAAUUCCUUUUACGUCACUUUCAGUUUCUAGGCUACUGAAUAUUUUAGCCGCAAAAAGCCGUGGGGAUGGAUGACAUCUUUGUUGAGUUGAGAAAAAAUUGGUUUUGCUUGCUGCUCUCUGUCUGCGGUCACUGUAAAUAUACUCACUUUUUCAGUGUCGCCACCUUUUCAUGCGAUUCUAUAGCUCUAAGGUGCGUUAUGAGGCGGAGGUUUGCCAACACAAAGAUGGAUGUAGAGUAUUUUUAUAGAGUUAUGCUGCAUUCAUUGUCUCUAUGUGAAGGCCUUCUAGUCAGGUUAUACCUGGUGGUAGAUUCAGCACUUCUUCUGAACCAUAUGACUAAAGAGACAUUGCCCACUUGUCGCUAUUUUACAUAGUUAUACCUCGGUUUUUAACAACCUAAUUUGUUUAGCUGUGGCGAUUUGAUGGGCAUUUUCGGGGAAGGUCGUGAUGAACUGCUUACUUCAUCAAAAUUGUUACGAGACGUGGCCACCUGCAGUUCUGGUAGGAAGUCACAAUCACAAUAUCGCUCCUUAGUGCAAGAGCCUAUCAAAUUGGGCACAUUGACGAAGGCAUUUAACCUGAGGAUUCUUCACAAGUGUCGUGUAGAAGCUAAGGUAACAAAAAAAAGCUUGACAUCGAAGCCUCAUGAACCGCGACACCAUGCCUUGCUCCACUCAGCAGUCUUUCAGUUGUCUGACUGCUUAUUGCUCCGUACCUGCCAAAUGAAAUUUCUGCCAAAUGAAAUUUCUGCCAAAUGAAAUUUCUACCACAAAGAGUGUUUCUUAUUCUAUGUGUGCACAUUGGUGUUUGCAUUCAGAAUGUUUGUAUGCAAGAACUGUGGCCGUUUCGUUUUUUGUUACUCUUCACGACGGCCACGUGCACUGCAGUUACAUUGUUAGACCUUGCGCGGAGGUCAUCGCAAUCGCCCCUCAUUUACACCAAGUGGGCUAGCACUUUAUAAAGGUUAUAAUUCUGCGUUUAAAUAAAGCUGUUACGCGAAAUCUUGAGCGGGAA